AUAUAAUUAUAAUCAUAAAUUAAAAGAUUAUUAUUAUAAAAAAUAUAUAAUAUAAUAUAAUAUAAUAUAAUAUAAAAAGUAUAUAAUAAUAUACUUUAUAAUUUAUUUACAAAGAAAUAUAAAAUCGUUUUAUGCUGAUAAUUUAAAAGAUAAAUAAGUAUAUAUAAUAUGUAUUAUGUAUGUAUUAUGUAUGUUUAUACUAAUUGAAACCUUUAAAAUUAAGAUGGCGUAAAGCGCCACAUAGCGCGAAGUAGAUAAAAUAUCGUUACUGUACUUCCGGUUCGUUUUUCUGACAAGUAUCUGAUGGUUGCUUGACAUUUCGAUUUUAAUAAUUUUAUUAAAGUAUGUCCAUAAAGCAUAUUAUUUAUUUAUAUCAAUAAAAUAAUAAUUUACCUAUGAUUUAUUAAAGUAAAUAACAUAUAAUUGGAAAAACAUUUUCGCAAUCCGGCAAAUAUAUGCACGAAAGGAUAGGCUAUAAUUUUUGUCAAAAUGAUCAAAACAGGAGAGGAUAACCUAAGACAUCUUCACUAUCAGCAAACAGUAGAAUUCACUGGACAAGAAAAUCAACAUUCAAUUGAAUUAUAUGGUACCAAUAUUACUGUUAUUCCUUCACCAGGAGGGCAUAAUCAUGGUAGUUCAAAGGUGAAACUAAAAAAUAUUGUUGAUUUUACAUGGGAACAUAACUUUUAUCCAGGCCAAUUAUUAGCUGUUCAUAUGUCUGGAAAAUAUUUAGCAUAUGGUAUAAAAGUUGGUAAUGGAGGAGGUAUGGUUAGAGUUGUAUAUAAAGAAUUGGAACAAAGAGCUCUAUUAAGAGGAAUGCGUGCUGCAAUACAAGAUCUGGCAUUUGCACAUGUUUCAAAUGCAAUUUUAGCAUGCGUUGAUUAUUUGGGAAACCUUUUCAUACAUACCAUUGAAUCAACACCAUCUGAACUAUUAUGUAGUUUAUUACUACAAGUAAAUGCAGAAGAUAUGUCUCCUCAUCGUGUGAUAUGGUGUCCAUAUAUUCCAGAAGAUGUACCAUCAGAUGGAGAUAGAGUUUCAAAGCUUUUAGUUCUAACUCGGGGUUCCAAAGUAGAGUUGUGGUCAGUUAAUACUGUUUCAGCAAGAUUCAGAUCAAUAGAGGCAACUGAUCCAGCUGUAAAGGAAAAUGGAGGCAUGUUGGAAAUUGAUCAACAUUCUGAUACAAUCAUAGAAGCAACAUUCAGUCCAGAUGGUACAGCUUUAGCUACAGCUAGUUUUGAUGGAGAAGUAAAAUUCUUUCAAGUUUAUUUACAUAGUAAUUCUCAUGGUAAUCAAGCACAACCACGUUGUUUACAUCAAUGGAGACCACAUGGUGGACGACCUAUUUCUUGCUUAUUCUUCCUAGAUGAUCAUAAAACAUAUCAUCCAGAAGUUCAGUUUUGGAGAUUUGCUAUAACUGGAUGUGAUAAUAACACAGAAUUGAAAGUUUGGUCUUGUGAAGUAUGGUCAUGCUUACAAACUAUUAAAUUCGCACCCACGCCUUCUACUGGUAAAUUACCAGUAUUAAAAGCAGGCUUAGAUCUUAGUGCAGGAUAUCUUUUAUUAUCAGAUAUCUACAAUAAAGUUCUAUAUAUAUUAAGUCUUAUAAAAGAUAAUGGGGAUACAUUAACAUCAGUAAGUACAAUAUCAGAAUUUCUUCUCCCAUAUCCAAUAUUGAGUUUUGGAAUUGUCGACGCUGGUCUAUGUAAAGUACGUCCCACUGGUGAAUCGCUUGAAGAUUUAAGUCCUUGUGAAGAUGAUAUAGAAGAGCAACUUGUCAUCAGGAUGUAUCUAGUUCAACCAAAAUCAUUGCAAGAAUGUCAUAUUGCUUUUAAACCUGCCUCACAUGUGAGUGGUAACUGCCUCAUGGACACACUGACUCAUGAUUCAUUGGGCUUUUCUGAAGACUUACCAGAUAUGGGAAAUGUUAAUCACAAUGGAAUUUCAGGGGAAAAUUGUGAAGAAAAUUGUUCUUUAUCUGCUACAAUUGAAGCAACAACGAAUCAUAAUACUGGCUUAAAUUUAAUGACACCUGAUGCAUUCAGUUCUCCUGCCAAAAAAGAAAAUAAUGAACUAGAUUCUCGUCCUAGUAGUCCAGAAUUAGGUAAAGUCUUAUCUGCUAGUCCAUCACUUGCGCAAGCAGUGCAGGCUUUAAAUGCAACAGACCCACCAUUAGCUACAAGCGAAUUAGAAGAACAAGCACCUGCUAGUAGUGGUAGUAGUCCAUCUAGAGAAGUAAGAGAAAUUUUAUCCCUUACAAAAGCAAAUGAAGAACCAGAAACCGAAAAUAAACCAGAAAUUACUAAUACUGUUGAUGAAGAUUGGCCUAAUAUUCCGAUGGUAUUAUUAAAAGAUGUAAGCAGACAUGCAAUGCAGGAAACUGAUGGUUUUACAAAUGAAGAAGAAAAAAGAAAAAAAAUAAAAGAUGAAUCAACUAUUGCAGAAAAUGAAGAAACUACUUGGUCAGCAACAAGCAAAUUAAAUGUUCUUGAAUUAAUAAGUAAAAUAGAAUCAAUUUUAGAAGUAGUUCAAAAUCAACGACAAGAAUUAAGAGAAUUACGCACCGAAAUGACUAGAUUAAGACAAGAAACACCAAUUUCGACGCGAAUAGAAUCUGCUCUAGCAAGAGCUUCACAACAACAAAAUGCAACCUUGGAACAAACAUUAUAUAGCCAAAUGGCUCGUCAACAUGAAUUUCUUAAGACACUUGAAACAACAAUUAAAGAUAAAAUUGAAACUACUUUACCACGUAUUAUUGAAGACACAGUAGAACCAUUAAAGCAUCAACUUAGAUUAGAUUCAGCUCGAAUGGAUGAACUCUUAAAGAAGAAUUUAACGGAUUUAAUUAAUAGUUCUCAUAUAAAAGAUACACUUGCUGUGGCUGCAGUAAAUGCAGCAAAACCAGCAUUAGAUGCAGCAUUUAAAGAAGCCUUUACAAAUGUUCUUUUACCUGGAAUGGAAAAAGCAUGUCAAACGAUGUUCAGACAAGUACAAGAUGUUUUUAUCAGGGGUACUCGUGAAUAUCUUCAAAAUGUGGAUGCAAUUGCAGAUAAGCAAUAUCAACAACGAAAUGAACAACAAAGUGAAGCAUUAUCUGCUUUAGUUCGUGAAGAAUUACAAACAGAAUUAAAUAGAGGUUUAAUUAUUCUACAAGAAGGAACGAUACGUACAAUUCGUGAUUCUAUUAGAGAUAAUUUAAAUCAACAAUUAACAGAGAUUACAAAUGCACGCUCUCGAGCUACUACACCUGCUAUACCAGUCUCAGCAGUCGCCGAUGCUCAAGCACGAGUUAUAUCUCUUCUUCAAAGAGGACAAUUAAAUGCUGCUUUUCAACAAGCUUUAAGUGCUAGUGAUUUAGGUUUGGUAGUAUUAGUUUGUGAAAAAACAGAACCCGCCAGAGUAUUUUCUUCUGUGGGACCUCAGGGUCAAGGUACAAGAUGUAUUUUACAACAACCUGUAAUUCUCUCACUUGUACAACAAUUAUCUGCAGAUUUAGGACAUCGUACGGAGCUUAAACAUAGGUGGCUUGAAGAAGCAAUAUUAAAUUUAGAUCCGAACGAUCCAGUGACACGAGAGCAUAUGGGUACCGUAUUAAUGACAUUACAAACACAGUUAGCUGCUUUUGUUGCAGCAAAUCCAAAUCAUAGUUCUACUCGACGUAUGAAAAUGUUAGCUAUGGCUGCACGUGCGCUUUUAAAUCAACAACCUUGAUGUUAUAUACAUAUGGAAUAGAGAAAACGCACUGACACGAGAUUUUAUAUGUUUUGUUUAAAAAAAUACUUUAAUAUUAUCUGAAAGUAAUAUUCACAUUAUCUUCCUGUUUAAGACUGGCAGUAAUUUACAUAGAAUAUGAAAAAAAUAUUGUACGAAGUUAUUAGCAGUUAACACAAUUUCAAAAAAUCUGUUUUUAUAAUUUAAUUUUUCAUAAAGUAUAUACGUUUACGAAAUAUUGAAGAACAAAAGAGUUUAACAGAAGAUUAUUUUCUUGAUUAUAAAUAUUAUGUAAGUGUAUUAUACAUAAUAAGUAAAAAGCGUGAUAUAAAUAAGAAUGUCAUUAAAAUGACACACAACUUAAGGAAUUUAAAUUAUUAUUUUAUUAAUUAUCAAUAAAAAAUUUUAUGAAUUACUAGUAUAUUGACUGAUAUUAAGAAAGUUCUUUUAUAAUUUGUAUGAUACACAAAAGAAAUUUAUUUUUAAUUAUUAUAAUUACAUUUCUUAAAUAGUAUUUUCUUGUAAAAUUAAACUAUGUAAUGUUUUCACAUUUAAAGCGAAAUUUUAAAAAAUAGAAUUUAAAUAUAAUUAACAUAUAUUCUCUUAAUUUUCCUAAAUAUUGACUUUGUAUUAAUAUAUAGAUAAUGCAUUUCAUGACAUAUUGUAUGAUACACAUAAAACUUUUCAUAUGCACGAAAAAAGUAGCCUGUUAAAUUUUAAUUAGAUUUAAAUUAUAAGCUUUAAUGACUUUUUUUCUAACAAAAAAAAUUUCAUAAAUUCUGUGUUUGAAAACUAUAUGUAUUGAAAUAUUUCUGUUCUAUAUAAUUUUAUUUUAUCUCUAUUUCUUCCGUAUUUUCUUUUAUUGAAUAUACUGCUAAAUGUAAUGUAAUAAACCAAAAUAUUCUAUAUUUCUUACUAUGAAAAAAUAAACAUUUUAAAAUGAAUAAGUUGUAUCUCAAAUUUUAUAAUAUAUAUAUUAAUAAAUGGGGUAAUUUCGUUAUAUUUUAAUAAUUAACACAAUGAGCAUGUGUAUAAGCAUAUAAACAAAAUGUUUUACAUCAAUGAUAUAUAUAUCAAUAUAUCAAUAUAUGUAUCGAUAUAUCAAUGAUAAAAUGAUAUAUAUAUAUAUACACACAUCUUCUAUAUUCACAGUUUAUAAUUCUUCAAAGAAUGUAAAUAAUAUGUAAUAAUAUGCAUUUAUAUUUUUCUUGUAUUUAUAUAUUUAUAUACACUAGCUAUAUAUAAAAGUUCCUAGUUCCAAAUUUACAUUGUGUUCCUUAUAUAAUAUAAUUAAAUAUUAAAUCAAAAGUAGUAUAUAUAUGAAUAUAGUAUAUAUGAUUCUACUUAUUUUUUUUCUCUUAUUAUUUUUAUUAUAUGUAAUUCUUAAUAUUAUUUGCAUAUUAUAAAAAGUAAAAUAUUUAAAAAUAUAAAAAAUAAUGACAUGUAUUCGCAAUAAAAAAAUUAAAUAAUUUAGCAAAUUUUAAUAUUAAUAUUGUAUAAAAAUUGUUGAAACAAUUUAUAAUGUAUAUGAAAAUCUUUGAUUGUAAUUUUAUUAAGCAUAAAUAAUAUAGUUGUGUAUAAUAUUUUAUAUAUUUACUAUAAGAAUUAAAAAUAAAAUAAUAUAUUUAUAUUUAUGAUCUAUAUGAUGAAUUCAUAAAUCUAUGUUGCAAUAUUCUAUUUAUUUAAAUUUUAUAAAUUAAAAAAAAUAAAUAAAAAAAUUAAUGGAAUAA